GCCGUCCAAUCGGCCGCGCGUCCGCCUCGGGCCGGGCUCGCCAUGGCCGCCAUGCCGUUCGGGGCCGCCGAGGAGCCGGCGCAGCUGCUGUCCGGCGCGGCCUUGCCCGCGGAUAGCCUGGGCGCGGCCGACGCCUUCCCCAAGGACUUCGGGUACGGCGCCGACGAGGACGAGCUGGCGGGCGAGGACGACGGGGCCGAGCUGGCGGGCGGCGGCGGCGGCAUCGCGGGGCCCGGCGGCGGCGGCGGCGACUCCUCCAAGCAGCCGCGCAUCCUGCUGAUGGGGCUGCGGCGCAGCGGGAAGUCCUCGAUCCAGAAGGUGGUCUUCCACAAGAUGUCCCCCAACGAGACGCUCUUCCUGGAGAGCACCACCAAGAUCCACAAGGACGACGUCUCCGCCAGCUCCUUCGUCAACUUCCAGAUCUGGGACUUCCCCGGCCAGAUGGACUUCUUCGACCCCGCCUUCGACUACGAGAUGAUCUUCCGCGGCACCGGCGCCCUCAUCUACGUCAUCGACGCCCAGGACGACUACAUGGAGGCGUUAACCAGGCUCCAUAUCACUGUUUCCAAAGCUUACAAAAUCAAUCCAGAAAUGAACUUUGAAGUUUUUAUUCAUAAAGUGGAUGGCUUAUCGGACGACCAUAAGAUUGAAACGCAGAGAGACAUCCAUCAGAGAGCGAACGAUGAUCUGGCUGAUGCUGGCUUAGAGAAGCUGCAUCUUAGCUUUUAUUUGACCAGCAUCUACGAUCACUCAAUAUUUGAGGCCUUCAGUAAGGUGGUGCAGAAGCUCAUUCCACAGUUGCCCACUUUGGAAAACUUGCUGAAUAUCUUUAUAUCAAACUCGGGGAUUGAGAAAGCUUUUCUUUUUGACGUUGUCAGCAAGAUCUAUAUUGCAACCGACAGCUCCCCUGUUGACAUGCAGUCCUACGAGCUGUGUUGUGACAUGAUUGACGUUGUCAUUGACGUUUCUUGCAUAUAUGGGUUAAAAGAAGACGGCAGCGGUAGCGCAUACGACGAAGAAUCUAUGGCAAUUAUUAAACUCAACAACACAACUGUUUUAUAUUUAAAAGAAGUGACAAAAUUUCUAGCCUUGGUGUGUAUCCUUCGAGAGGAAAGCUUUGAACGCAAAGGCUUAAUAGACUACAAUUUCCACUGCUUCCGCAAGGCCAUCCACGAGGUCUUUGAAGUGGGCGUCUCCUCGCAUCGCCCCUGCGGCCAUCAAGCAAGCAUUCCCGGUCUGAAAGCAGUGGCUCACAAUGGCGCCCCGAAGGAGGACUGAGUCGGGAUGAGCUGGUGCUUGCUUGCUCACCCUGCGCCUGGAUCGGGCAGGAGCAGCAGCACGGAGGGAGGGAGGGCUGCCCGACUCCAGCCGUUCAUUUUGGAGCCAGAGGAGUCUGCCUUGUGGACUGGUCCUCAGCGUCCAUACAGACACCCGGAGUGACUGCGAGGAAGCCAAGAUUCGGAGUGGCGGCUUUCGCUGUCAUUUGGCAGGCAGGCAGGCAGGCAGGCAGGCAGGCAGCCUCUCCUCCAGGUGGGAACUUCCUUGUUUGUCUCAGGAUUCAGCAGCCGGCGAUGUGCUGGAGGGGCUCUGAAACUCAGGCAUAUUCCAUAAUUUAUUUGAGUACACACUCAACACAUUCCACGUGACUUAUCACACGGUUUUGUGGUAAUACCUGAAAAAAGUAAUAUAUCCUUAACAAACCCAUUGAAUGAAAGCGCUUAUCUGCUUUUCUAGCUCUAAUUGUCGUCAGAAUUCUUUGAAAUAUCUUGGGCUCUUCUCAAGCCUUUGACUCAGUUCCUGCACGCAUCGUUACACUGAUUUUUGAAGCAUCUACGGGCAGCGCUAGCUCCCUCGGCUAGGGAACGGAGAUGAAGAUCAUCCGCUAGAGUGGGACAGGACUGAUCAGGAGAAAGCUUUACCCUCUCCCCAAGUGAUUCCCUUCCACCCCGCCAUGGCUAGUAUGGUUAGCAUUCGUUCGAUAUUUCAUUCUUGAACCUGCAUGAUCGCAUAAAGGGUCGUUUUAUUUUUUAAAAAAAUAAGUUCUGCUUUGACAAAAAUGGAACAGGAUAGGUUUUGAUUGCUGGAAUUUGCAAACAAUUUUGCUCAUUUUUAACAACAUGUGAAACUUCCUUCCAUAGGAACACUUUCCAUGUGAUGAAAUGUUUUCUGUGAAUCUUCCUGUAGGUCAUCUGUAUUUUGGCAUGGAAAUGCCAUUUUCUUAAUGAUGACAGCUGUUCCAGCGCCUCAGACUCCGUUCUUUACUCAAAAUAUCAAUUUGACUUUGUUAAAGACUUAACAGAUGCUUUAAUACUCUUCACAGGUGAUUGUAUUCUGCCAGGGGGGGUCAUGUCCAUAGCUGAUAUGUUCCCAGACUACAUUAAUAAAAUAUCUUUAUCUCAGCAA